CUACUAGCACCCCGACUUUUUUUUUUCUUUCCUUCGCUUCUUCGUUGUGUUCCCAACUCGGCAACUGCUUCUUCCUCCUCCUCUCCCUCCCAGAUCUCGAUGCUGCGGAGGCAGCCCGGCGACGCGCCGGCGUCGGCGGCGGCAUCGGAGGCCGACCUCGCGCAGCUCUCCACCGCCAUCGCCGCCGGGGAGGACCUGGGCCCGUUCGUGCGGCGCGCGUUCGCGUGCGGGCGCCCCGAGCCGCUGCUCGCCUCGCUCCGGGCGGCGGCGCGGGACCGGGAGGCCGAGAUCGAGGAGCUCUGCCGCGCCCACUUCCACGACUUCAUCCGCGCCGUCGACGACCUCCGCUCCCUCCUCGCCGACGCCGACGCGCUCAAGGGCUCCCUCUCGGCCUCCCACGCCGCGCUCCUCUCCUCCGCCGCCCCGCUUCUCGCCUCGCUCGAGUCCUUCCUCGCCGCGCGCGGGCUCGCCGGGAACCUCUCCUCCGCGCUCGCAUCCUCCCGACGCUGCGUCCGCCUCCUGGCGCUCGCCAACCGCGCCAACGCGCACCUGCAGGGCGGCAACCACAACCUGUACCUCGCCCUGCGCGCCGUCGAUGCCAUUGACCGCGACCUCGCCUCCGGCCCCGAGCCGCUGCCGCUCCCCACCCUCCGCCGCAUGUUGCUCAGCCUCGUCCCCGCGGUGCGCGCCCACGCCGAGCGCGAGAUCUCCAGGGAGUUCUCCGAUUGGAUGGUUAGCAUCCGCGCCGCGUCGCGGCACCUUGGCCAGGUAGCCAUUGGCCGCUCAGCUGCCGCCAGGCAGCGCCAGGAGGAGCUCCGAUCCAAGCACCGCCCGCUGGAGGAGUGCAUAACGCUGGACGACGAUGGCGUCGGCGACCUUGAUGACUUCGCAGCUGCCGCCGCAACAGCAGACGUUGCAGAUGGUGCCGCUGCAGCAUCAUUCGACCUCACGCCACUCUACCGCGCGAUGCAUAUACACCAUACCCUGGCACUUGGCGAGCGGUUCAAGAAGUAUUACCUGGAGAACAGGAAGCUUCAGCUGACAUCGGAUUUCGAUGUGAUUGCAGCAACACCGUUCCUCGAGUCUCACCAGGUGUUCUUCUCGCAGAUUGCUGGUUUCUUCAUUGUCGAGGACCGCGUGUUUCGGACAGGGGGUGGGCUCACGUCCCGGCCUGAUGUAGAUGCAUUGUGGGAUUCUGCUGUUGCAAAGAUGGUCUCUGUAAUGGAGGACAACUUCUCUCGCAUGCAGACAGCAAAUCACCUGCUUCUGAUAACUGAUUAUGCUGCUUUACUUUCUGCCACGAUGAGGCGGUAUGGUUAUCCAGUUGGGAUGCUGCUCGAUGUGCUGGCUAGGCACCGGGACAAGUACCAUGACUUGCUACUUGCUGAUUGCCGUAGGCAGGUGGUAGAGGCACUGGCUGCAGAUAAGUUUGAUCAGAUGCUGAUGAGGAAAGAGUAUGAAUACUCAAUGAACGUGCUUGCAUUUGGGAUCCAAAGCUCGGAUAUCACCCCAGCGUUCCCGUAUGUUGCUCCAUUCUCAUGCACCGUGCCAGAUAUUUGCCGCAUAGUUCGGUCAUUCAUCGAGGAUUCUGUAAGCUUCAUGGCACAUGGGGGUGGUGGGGACACUUAUGCAGCCGUGAAGAAGUACCUUGGUCGGAUUCUCUCGGAGGUGGUUGAUGCAUCGAUACAAAAGCUCGUGGAUUCUGGUGGUGGUCUGAGUGUGUCCCAGGCAAUGCAAGUUGCUGCAAAUAUGUCUGUUAUGGAGCGUGCGUGUGAGUUUUUCACAGGCCAUGCAGCGCAACUGUGUGGUGUGCCACUUCGUGCAGUGGAGCGUGGGCGGCGUGACUUCCCACUUCGCAAGUCCCGUGAUGCUGCAGAGGCACUUUUACUACGGCUUCUACGUUCCAAGGUUGAUGAGUUCAUGGGGCAAUCUGAUGGUGUCACUUGGAUGGCUGAUGAUCCACCAGCUGGUGGAAAUGAGUAUGCAAACGAGGUCAUUAUCUAUCUCGAGACACUCACUUCAACUGCACAGCAGAUCCUCCCUCUUCCGGUGCUCCGCCGUGUCCUUGUGGCAGUGCUUGCCCACAUCUCUGAGAGGAUUGUCGGGCUCUUCUUGAAUGAUUCAGUCAAGCGGUUUAAUGCUAGUGCAGUCACCGGAAUUGAUACCGAUCUCAAAAUGUUCGAGGCGUUUGGGGAGAGCAUGUCCAGUUUGUUUGUGGACUCUGAUCAAGAGUCUGCAGCAAAUGAAAUGAAGGCUGCACUUGUGGAGGCGAGACAGCUAGUGAAUCUUCUUAUGAGCAACAGCCCAGAGAAUUUCCUUAAUCCAGUGAUCCGUGAGAAGAGCUAUAACAAGCUUGAUUACAAAAAGGUGGCAGCCAUAUCAGAGAAGUUUCGGGAUUCCUCAGAGAGCUAUUUCUCAACAUUUGGAACUAGGGGUGCUAGGCAAAAUCCGAAGAAGAAAUCUCUUGAUACUCUCAUCAAAAGGCUCAGAGAAGCCAGCUAGAGUUGCUAGUCCUCUCCUCUGCACCAGUUGCCCACAGUGCAGAGCAAAGAAGGGAGAAGAGUAGAACCUGGAGGAAGAACAAGCAGAGGAGUAAGAAGAGCAGAGCAGGGGAAGAGGACAAAGAGUUAAAGAGAGGCAGAUCGGCGCAGGGGGCAAAGAAGAGAAGAGCAGAGGUGGAGGAGAUAAGGAGAUAACUGGGAGGUUCAGUGCUUUUCCCUCCAGAUCUGGAGCAGGGAGGGUACGGUGGUCGACGAACGAGGCUGCAGGGGUCCUGUGGUGACUGGCUGGUUUGAGGAACUUAGGAGACUGCCUGGUUGCCAUGGUGAAUUGGUGAUGCCUUCAUAAAAUAGAUGGUAUACUAUAUAUUGCUUAACUACCCAUAUUCUGUAGUCUAACAGGGGUAAUCUGUCCAUCGAUAACUGCUUAUAGUUAUAGACUCAUAGGACUGGUGUAGAUGUUCUGAAGCUUAUCAUGUGAAUUGGGUAAUUAACAUUGCAUGGUCAUCAAGUCUCUCCUUAAUAUUUAUUUGGACUAAACAAAUUUAGUUAGUUAAGACCUGCUAGUUAUUAAUCCCUUGGUUGCUGGCCACAUUGGGAAGUAUGGUGAUUCUGCUUGAAAGGUCAUACAAGUAUAGCCUAUGCCCCUCAACAUCAUAAUAUUUUUACAUCCCCAUGGCCCUCGUUCAUUUGCUGUUUUAUUGUGUCUUAUCGUGUAAACUGUCCUUCAACUAUUGUGACACAAUACUGUUUAUGUUUCAAAAUUUCUGUAGGGUGAAACGAAACGUUAUCUGAUUCCGAUGAGUUCUUUACUCUUUACAA